GAGUACUGGCACGAAUCCUCUCUCUCAUAGGCCAAGGAUAGGGAGCUAGCUGAGGCUCAGCAGCAACUGAGACAGAAGGAAGAAGAGCUCCAAUCCAGUGAGAGAGAGAAACAGACAGUCAGACAACAGCUCAUCAGCUCACAGCAGCAACUGAGACGGAAGGAGGAAGAGUUAGCUAGACAAGGAACAGACAGCAGACUAUCAGGAGAGAACAGCAGCAGCUUCAAGCAGAGUUAGCUGAGACUCAGCACCAACUGAGACAGAAGGAGGAACAGCUGCGAUCAAGUGAGGCUCUAGUGGCUGACUUCCAGAAGACCCUCCAGCAGAGAGACUCAGAGCCGACUCAGAGGACAAAGUCUAGUCUUCUACCAACAGCUGUACCACAUUCCACACAAGUCAAUAUUAAACCCAGAAAGCUCACUGUGCAGUGUCAUCGUAAGAAGACAGCACCAUGUAGAAUGAGGAGAGGAUCUGCAACAACUGAUGGUCGAUUUGCAUACUUCACCCCACGUGACUCCAACUCAGUCUACCAAUAUGAAUGUAGUACAGAGAAAUGGGAGGAACUUCCUUCAUGUCCAUAUCAGAACUCUGGACUAGUCAUCAUUGACAGGGAACUAACUGCUGUGGGGGGAGAUGGAUGGAUCUCGUUUACUAACAAACUAUACACACUACGACAGAGGAAAUGGGUUGAGAAAUACCCUCCAAUGAACACUGCACGUUCCUCACUGCUGUAGUUAGUACAUCUGACGGCGAAUACCUCAUUGUGAUUGGGGGGUUGUUGGUGGUGGUUGGACUGCUACAGUUGAACUAUUUCAAGUGAAGAGCAGAAGAUGGUACCAACUAACAGACUUACCACAACCUCUCCCUCCCUUCAGCCACAAUAUGUGGUGAUCUAGUACAUGUGGUAGGACAUGGUGGUGACGGCUACUCGUGUUCUCUUGCAGCUCUACCAUCCAGUGACAAACCAAUCCCACCACAGUCAAUACCACACCUCAUAUCAUGGAAACCUCUCCCUCCUCUACCAGUGACAGGCUCAACAGCUGCCACUCUCUGUGGACAGCUAGUACUCAUUGGUGGCAGUCGAGGUCUGGGUCACCAGUCAACUCCAUUCACCAGCUAGUGGAUGGACAGUGGGUGGAGAUUGGCUCUAUGACUAGUGAUAGGUACUCGUGUUUAGUAGCCAGUCCAUCACCUGACAAGAUCAUCAUAGUGUGUGGAUAUGGAGCAGCGGACAGUGUUGAAGAAUGUGUUGUUGUUUAGUUACAAGUACGUUUUUUGCAAUAUUCAUUGUUCAGUAUAAUUACAACAAGAUGUGAUUAUGCGCAGGCUGUUACAAUAAUAUUCUGACAUAACUUCCUAUUUUCUGCACACAAAAUAUGUGAUAUGAAUUACUUGUUUGAAGAUUGGUUAAGGACGUUGCCAUGGAGACUAACAAUGUUCUGGGCCUGCAGUAGUAGCGGUCUGUCAAUCAUGUGACCUUCGUACACAAAUGCCCCCUGGGGAA